UUAUCCCGAUCCCACCCCUGUCCUUUCUCUCCCAGCCAUUCCCAACCCUCGGGAUCCGAUGGCUCCGGCCCUUCCCGGCCCUUCGGUGGCCCCGCUGGCCUUGGUGGCCUCGGUGGCCCCGGCGCUGCUGCUCCUGCUGCUCCUCUGCUCCCUCCGCCCCAGCUCCGGCCGGAGAUUUUCCACCCGGAGCGGGAAAGAAAGCCCGGGGAUGGUCCGAGGGGUGAGGAUGGUCCAGCCGGAAUCCGGCGCCGCGGGAGCAGCGCUUCCCAAAGGAACCCCCAUUCCCGGCGAGCCCCAGCAGCGGGCGGACGGAUCCGCGGAUCACCGGGAUAACCCCUCCCUGGGAGACCCCCGGCAUUCCCACCCGAAUUCCCACCCGCCCUCCGAGCCUCCCGCCAGGACUCCCGAGUUCCUGCGGCACCGGCAGCUCCCGGCGAUUCCCGGGAAUACCGAGGCGGAUCCCGCGCCGGGAGCCGAGGGACGGAUCUACGAGAGCAUCAGGGACAAAUCCCGGACGCCGGACGAGGCUCCGGGGGACGGAGCCCCCCGAUCCCGGCUGGAAGGCGGCGAUCCCGGCAUUCCCGAGCCGGAGGGGGCGGGAAGGGAGCGGAGCCCCGGAAUUCCCGUGUACGCCUGGGUGUGCAGGAUGCCCCGGCCGCGGCAAUCCCGGGAAAACCCCCGAGCCCCGGAGAGCCCCGGGGGGGAGGAGGAGGAGGAGGAGGAGGAGGAGCCGCCACCGCUCCCGGAGAGACACCUGGAUGUGGAAUAGGACGA